AUGGGGUCAGCAGGUUUAACCCAGGCUCCCCUGCGCGGCAGGGAUGAGGUGCAGAGCGUAGCACUGGGUGUCAAGGGGCCGGCGGCGACCCUGACCGGGGGUCACAGGAAGCUGUGCUCGGGGCCACUCCGUGCCAAGAAGAAGACUGGUGUCGGGGUAGCCAGAAAGCAAAAGCACUGCCCGCUGCACACGGACGAACCGGGCUUCCGGACUUUAAAGGCUCCGCGCCCAGCCCAGGUGCCCCCGGUGCCCUCUCUGCCGCUGCCGAGGCUCUUGCUCAGCUGCCGCUUUGAUGCCCUUCGCAACGGGGCUGCUCCUGGGAGCACGAGCCUGGCGGGUUUGCCCGCUGUCAUCAAGCUGGGCGGAUACCUGGCCAGGGCUGGGGGCACGCUAAAGGAUAUUGGUUUCGGAGCGGGCGAUGUGGACGAGUGCUCCGAGGGCACGGACGACUGCCACAUUGAUGCCAUCUGCCAGAACACGCCCAAGUCCUACAAAUGCCUCUGCAAGCCGGGCUACAAGGGGGAAGGGAGGCAGUGUGAAGACAUCGACGAGUGUGAGAACGACUACUACAACGGGGGCUGUGUCCACGAGUGCAUCAACAUCCCGGGGAACUACAGGUGCACCUGCUUUGACGGCUUCAUGCUGGCACACGACGGACACAACUGCCUGGAUGUGGACGAGUGUCAGGACAACAAUGGCGGCUGCCAGCAGGUCUGUGUCAAUGCCAUGGGCAGCUACGAGUGUCAGUGCCACAGUGGCUUUUUCCUCAGCGACAACCAGCACACCUGUAUCCACCGCUCCAAUGAGGGUAUGAACUGCAUGAACAAAGACCACGGCUGUGCCCACAUCUGCCGGGAGACACCCAAAGGUGGGGUGGCCUGCGACUGCAGGCCCGGCUUUGACCUUGCCCAAAACCAGAAGGACUGCACACUAACCUGUAACUAUGGAAACGGAGGCUGCCAGCACAGCUGCGAGGACACAGACACGGGCCCCAUGUGCGGCUGCCACCAGAAGUACGCCCUCCACUCGGACGGCCGGACGUGCAUCGAGAAGGAUGAGGCUGCAAUUGAGCGCUCUCAGUUCAAUGCCACGUCAGUAGCUGAUGUGGACAAGCGGGUGAAACGGCGGCUCCUCAUGGAGACGUGUGCUGUAAAUAACGGAGGCUGUGACCGGACGUGCAAGGACACGGCCACUGGCGUGCGAUGCAGCUGCCCCAUCGGAUUCACGCUGCAGCCGGAUGGGAAGACAUGCAAAGACAUCAACGAGUGCCUGGUCAACAACGGCGGCUGCGACCAUUUCUGCCGCAACACCGUGGGCAGCUUUGAGUGCAGCUGCCGCAAGGGCUACAAGCUGCUGACGGACGAGCGCACGUGCCAAGACAUCGACGAGUGCUCCUUCGAGCGGACCUGCGACCACGUCUGCAUCAACUCCCCCGGGAGCUUCCAAUGCCUGUGUCACCGCGGCUACACGCUCUACGGGACCACCCACUGCGGAGAUGUGGACGAGUGCAGCAUAAGCAACGGGCACUGCGACCGGGGCUGCGUCAACACCAAGGGCAGCUACGAGUGCGUGUGCCCGCCCGGCAGGCGGCUGCACUGGAACCGGAAGGACUGCGUAGAGAGCGGCAGGUGCCUUUCUUGGGCCCAGGCCUCCGCACAGGCCCAGCUGUCCUGCAGCAAGGUGGGCAGCGUGGAGAGCUGCUUCCUUUCCUGCCUGGCCCACACCCUCUUCGUGCCAGACUCGGAGAACAGCUACGUCCUGAGCUGCGGCGUUCCGGGUCUCCACGGCAGGACGCAACCAAAGAUCAAUGGCACCAGCUCCGGCCCCGGGCCCGGCUGCUCAGAUGCCCCCACGGCCCCCAUCAAGCAGAAGGCCCGCUUCAAGACCAGAGAUGCCAAGUGCCACCUCCGGCCCCGCAAUCGCGAGCGAGUGAAGGAGACCCAGAGGCUGCCACUGCUGGACAACUGCCACGUGACUGCCGUGACCCUCAAGUGUGACUCCUCCAAGAAGAGGCGCCGAGGCCGCAAGUCCCCGUCCAAGGAGGUGUCCCACGUCACAGCGGAGUUCGAAGUGGAGCUGAAGAUGGAGGAGGCCUCAGACACCUGCGACGAGGACUGCAUGCGGAAGCGGGCAGAGCAGAGCUUGCAGGCUGCCAUCAAGACCCUGCGGAAGGCCAUCAGCCGGCAGCAGUUCUACGUCCAGAUCUCGGGCAUGGAGUACGAGGUGGCCCAGCGGCCCGCCAAGGCCCCGGAGGGACCAGGGACCUGCGGCACGGGCCAGGUGCUCCAGGACGGCAAAUGUGUGGCCUGCGGACCUGGCACCUACUUCAGCGGCGAGCAGGGCCAGUGUGUGCCGUGCGCGUCGGGGACCUACCAGGACCUGGAGGGCCAGCUCAGCUGCACCCCGUGCCCCAGCAGCGAUGGGCUUGGCCUGGCCGGUGCCCGCAACGUGUCCCAGUGUGGAGGCCAGUGCUCUGCAGGCUCCUUCUCGGGCGACGGCUUCAAGCCGUGCCGGGCCUGUCCCCUGGGCACGUACCAGCCCGAGCCCGGGCGCACCGGCUGUUUCCCCUGUGGCGGGGGGCUGCUCACCAAGCACGAGGGCGCCACCUCCUUCCAGGACUGCGAGGCCAAAGUGCACUGUUCCCCCGGCCACCACUACAAUACCACCACACACCGCUGCAUUCGCUGCCCCGUGGGCACCUACCAGCCCGAAUUCGGCCAGAACCACUGCAUCACCUGCCCGGGCAACACCAGCACCGACUUCGACGGCUCCACCAACGUCACCCACUGCAAAAACCAGCACUGCGGUGGCGAGCUUGGUGACUACACGGGCUACAUCGAGUCCCCCAACUACCCCGGUGACUACCCAGCCCACGCGGAGUGCGUGUGGCACAUCGCCCCGCCCCCCAAGCGCAGGAUCCUCAUUGUGGUCCCCGAGAUCUUCCUGCCUAUCGAGGACGAGUGCGGCGAUGUCCUGGUCAUGAGGAAGAGCGCCUCGCCCACAUCCAUCACCACCUAUGAGACGUGCCAGACCUACGAGAGACCCAUCGCCUUCACCUCCCGCUCCCGGAAGCUGUGGAUCCAGUUCAAAUCCAAUGAGGGCAACAGUGGAAAAGGCUUCCAAGUUCCCUACGUCACCUACGACGAGGACUACCAGCAACUGAUUGAAGACAUUGUACGCGACGGGCGUCUGUACGCCUCGGAGAAUCACCAGGAAAUCCUGAAAGACAAGAAGCUGAUCAAGGCGCUGUUCGACGUGCUGGCGCACCCCCAGAACUACUUCAAGUACACAGCCCAGGAGUCCAAGGAGAUGUUCCCUCGCUCCUUCAUCAAACUGCUGCGCUCCAAAGUGUCCCGGUUCCUGCGGCCCUACAAGUAACGCUCAGCGCUGUCUGCAGGGACGGCGAGGGGGAGGGAAGACUCCCUUCCCUCCAGAGAGGAGCGGAAGGCGGCCCCGGGCCUCUGUGUCACCUUGGCAGACCCGUGACGUGAUACCCUCGGGAAAGCCGUGGAGGGCUGGAACAGAGCCCAGGCCUCUCUCGGAUCCGCCAGCCCAGGGGAGACACUUGGCUUCAGGACGCUUUUGUCCCUCCUUUCACCCCUUCAUUUCCCAGGAUACCAGGAGCACUGUCUCCUGAGUAGCUCUGGCGGGACGCUGACCGGCCGCGACAUGCCAGGCCCGCCUCGUGGGUGGCCAGUGAGGGCACGCCCUACGCGGGACGCUUCAGGAGACAAGAACGAGGCCGAUGCUCUCCCUGGGACCCUGGAGGAGGUGGGGGCUGAUGUCACCCACGCAGGAAGGAAGGCCAGGGAAGGAAGGGCAAGGAGACGCACACGCAGGGGUGGACGAGCUCUCCUCCAUGUCAGAGCCCACAGGGCUGCCACACCCUCUAGACUCCCCUGCCACAGGCACGGGACACAGUGCCCGGUCGCUGGGCUCUAAGGACGCUGAGGUGCAUGGAACAGGGCUGCGAGGGGAGAGACAGGUGUGUGCCUUCCCUUGAUAGGACAUCUAAUUAAGUACUAUAUAUAUAAAUAUAAAUAUAAGAUUUUAUAUAUAUAUACAUACUUCUAUUUGUGGGUACAUUAGGAAAAUGCUCCCUAGCGACUGUCAGUACGGGCCACUGCUGCCAGCCCGCCUGCAGGAUUAAGCUGACCCUCCUGUGCUCCUGUGACUGCCACCUCCCGCGGGGUCCCGGGAGAGCCAGGCCGGCUCUGCAUUCCUAGGAACCGGGCUCUGGUGCUGUCGGAGCAUCAGCCCCACCCCGCACCCCUCAUCUCUGCCCUCAGUGGGACCCCAUGGAUGGCACCCUCCCCCCAGCCACAAACUUCGGAAGGAGCCUGAGGCCAGAGCUGUGGUGAUGCCCCCUGGGUUCUGGUGUGCCCACAAAUCACCAAGAAAUGAGGUCUUUCUCAAGGGGGCCCAGGCUGAGCUGGCCAGGGCCCUGGAUCAGCCGCACCCUCUUCACCUACCCAGAAGGAGGACAAGGCAGACGCGGCCUCCCUUCUGCCACACCGCGCUGCCUGUCUGCUCCCCUUGGACACAGGAAGUCUGAGUGUGAGCAGGAAGCCAGUGCCUGGGACACAGCCAACUGAGACCACCGGCGUGCCCGGGCCACGAGCCCUCACUGCUUGUGCUGCCGUUCGCUGCCAGCUGUACGAUGUACAUAAGAAUAGUCCGUCUUUUUCAGGUUAACAAAUAUUAAAAAUUCCAAGGGACGCAGAAAAAUCUUAAAACGAAUUCCAGCCACUGAUUCUCAGCGGCCACUGGGGUUCCCGCUUCCAGCCCUGCCUAACACGGGAGGUUGAGAACUGCACGUGACCCACGGAGACUGACGAGGCAAGCAGGUGACCGAGGUCAUGAGACCAUGGCCUGUUGACCAGCCGCAGGGUGUGGCACAGCUUACAGUCCAGAAAAGGGGCUGGAACUCAGGAAUGAGUCAGCACCAUUACACGCAGAUACCAAAGCUGAGGCCGCAGCUGCCACCAGCCACCUCCUCGGCUGAGUCCAAGUGGAGGAUGGUGGCGGGAGCCUCUGCACUUGCUGAAAGGUUGGGGUCAACCAACAGUCCUGCCAGGGGCCACACUACUGCUCUGCCGGUCAGUCCCUGCUGGCCAGCUUCAGUUUCCAGAAAGAGAGCUCCCUUCCUUUGUCGCAUCCCAGAAACAAGUGCAGAUGGCAAGUGCCCCGAGGAGGACCCUGUGAGGGGCGUGGCCUCCUUACUAGGGAUCACCCUGGAAACAGGACAUUCAGAGAAAAGACCAGAGGGGGCUUUUUAUGAGAACCACCUCCAGAGUCAAGAGGCAAAGAUGGCCUGCAAAGUGCCCUGUGCACUCUGGGAAAGCAGAAAGCUGGCACCAUGGUCAAGGCUGAAUCCAGCUGGAGGAGCGGGGCACUGGGGCCACCCUGGAGCAGAAGGGAGACGUCCCAGCUCCCAGAGAGUGAAUGUUCCCUUCCUUCACCUUUUAGUUUUAUCAGCCGGCCCAGGGGCCUCGCUGUCGGUGGGGGCAGACACCUAGGGUGCAGGGUCCAGAUAACACUGGCCACCGAGGCCAGGUUUGAAAGCCUUAAGCGCAACCUCUGACCUCCGACAAAUGCACCUUCAGUGUCUGGGCUGUCGCGGGUCCCCAGCUGAGUCCAGGAGCCGACGUUUGGUGUGGUCACCACCCGGGAAGGAAAAUAAGGCACUGAAAUAAGGUGGAUCAUCCAGCAACACUUACCAAGCGUCACCUGUGCACCAGGCUCCUAGGAAGACGGGGAACAGGGCGGACACAGAGAUGAGAACCUGCCCGGGACAGCGGCCAUCACCCCUACAAUUGCCAGCUGACCCCGCCCAGUACAGUCAGUGCCCCGGAAGGCAGGGACCCCAACUGUCUUAGUACCUGCUGGGUCACCUGUACCUGUUAGCAGGGUCCCAUCACUUCACCAAAGAUACACAUGGUGGCAGCUCAGCCCUUCUAAGGGGACAGUACCCAGCUGAUGCCAUUCAGGCCUAGGUAGAAGGACUUGAUGCAUGGAAAUGCCCAUGGAACACACAGAAACGAGCAAAGAGCCCCUCUGCUCCCGCUGUCUUGGCCUCCAUGGCACCCACAGGUCAUGAGACUUCCAGGAAUGAGCCAGAGGCAGAACAGGGCUGGAGUCCACACUGUGCCGCCUGUCUUGCUUGGAAAGGUAUAAUGGAGGAAGUCGUCUCAAGGCCCAGGCCACUAAGCCAUGGCAUGUGCUGCCUCCCAGCACCCUCCUCUUAUGACCCCCACAGAGCAGGCCUCCCAGCCCCUGCGGGGCCGCGCCAGCAUGGAGCCCACUGGAUGGACCCUUUGAAGCUGCCCCGACGCCCAAAGUCUCACCAGGAAGUGAACCUGCAUCCAGUAUCUCCUAUGUGCCAGGCACCCAGCUCUACCCUUUCCGUGCACACAGGUGGUCCUGCCGGCCCAGUGAGGUCAUUGUCUUCACGUGCGGGCAUCAGGACUCAGGGAGACCAAGUGACCUGGCCGUGAUGAAAAGCUGGAGGUGGGUAGAGUUGGGAAUCCAACUCAAGCCCUUCUGGCCCGCAUGUAGCAGCUGUCACUGUGAAUGUUGAUUCAUAUGAAUUUAUAGGUUGGAGCCUCAGCCAGGCCAGCCUGGGAUAAGGGAGUCCAAGACAGGAAGGCUGGCACAGAGGCAUGGGUAGUGGUGGCCUCAGUGACACUCCCUCCCUUAACAAGCAUUAAACAUUCAGAGAAAGAUGCGCUUGAAGUCUCUUGGGGCAGGGGACAGGGUGCUCAGGCAUGAGCUGGUACUGCCACCUACACCUGCUCUCGGGGUGCUCCUCGUGCCUGUCCUGCUGCCCACCAUGCCCCUCAACAUGGCACAGCACAGUGAGCGUGAUGCCCGUGGGCAGGCGUGGGAGAAAGGUAGAGAGUGGAAGACAGCUUCGUGGUGCCAAGGAUUUGGUUCCAGAGGCCAAGUAGAUCUGCAGCAGGGAAACUGUGGAUUGUGCUGGAUCAGAACCCUAAACACCGAGCAGACCCAGUCCACAGAGUUCUGGUGUCGGCCGCCAGGGAGCCGGACUCUCCCCCGCAGCCCUUUCCUCUGCCUUCUGCCAAGAGUCCAGCCUGUCCCGGGGCUCGCCAGCCAUCCACUGCAAGGGUGACAAAGAGCAACAUAGCCACAUUUCCCUUUUAGUUGCCUCAAAUAUUCAAAGCUUUGUUUUUGCCACCAUGCCCCCUCACAAGCAUGUAAUUGAAGAUUUGUGAAAAUCACUUUAAUAAUAAACAAGAAAGGAACCUAAA